GGCGUUGGGCAAAGAUCCUUGGCUAAGGCGCAUGCGCGACAACGCGCGCCGGAAUUUAAACAGGAGGAAAGGCAGUUGGUGUGGACUCAGCGGCUGGAUUUGGGAGUGGUGGUGGAGGAAGAGGAGCUCUCGCUCGGAUUUAAGGCACUACAUUGAACUUGUGGUACAAAGCAAAAAUGUCAUCUCUCUGCACUGUGGAAGCAAUGUUGCGCAGUCCUUUGAAGCGCCUGAGACAGUCUCCUGCUGAUAAUGAAAAUGAUCCUCUGAAGAAGCAAAAGUUUCAGUCCUUGGAUGAAGAGAUAGAAAAUAUAAAUCCUUUGGGAUCAAAAUUUCGAGUCUGUGAGCAAGAGAUCAAGCCAGAUACUCCCAUCGUUCCCUCGGUAAAAUCACGACUCCAGAGACUGGCUGAACAGAAGAAAGAAUUGUGUUCUCAUGACACAAAAAAUGGAUUGGUUUCUCUAGAAGCGACCAGCUCCUGGAAUAAUGAACUUGCCAGGCCACCUAUUAAGAAGUGCAGAAAGGAUAAUGAAGAUGGCAGCAUUCUUUGUACAGAGGUGAAACAAUCAUUAAUCUCAAGCAGUGUUUUUGUGCAAACAGUUAAAGAAAAAUUUGAAGAGAUGACUAAUGAGAAGCAGAAUGAGGGACAAAUUGGAAACCACCUCAUCCCUGCAGUAACUCCAAGUACCAAAGCCAUUCAGGCAAUGCUGCUUCAGAAGUCUACGUCUAGUGCCUCUCGUGUUAUUUGGAUGAAAAAGGAGCGGGAACGGGAGCUUGCAAUACUUCGGGGAAAGACUGAAAGGAAGAAUGCAUGGGUAGAAAAGAUGUCAAAGUCCUGCAUGGGAAGAGAGGAAACUCCUAAGGAUAUUAACAUUCCAGAACAACAGGAAGAAAUGAAGGAAAACAAAGAAUCACAAGUGAACACUAUUCAUGACAAAGAUACCACUAUGGGGUUUGAGAACAUGGCGAAGUCUGAGGAGGUCCUCCAUAUUACUGAAGACAAUGAAUUGGGAUUAUCUUCUGAGGAAGCACCAACUAGCUCUGAGAUAAUUGAGUUGUUUAAAGAUGUAUUUGACACAGACCAUGCAAAUGAGCAAAUGGAGAAUAAAUCCAACCAAAUGGUGACAGAGUUGGAAAACUCUAAAACUGAAGCACAGAAUAAUGAGGUGAAAUCUGAGCAUAAGGCAAAAGAUGAAAAAGAAGAAGCUGAACUGACUCUUUCUAGUGCAACUGUGGUGCCUCCUAUUAUUAAAUCUGUCAAGUCAGAUGCAGUGGCUCCUCUGGCCUCAUUGCUAACAUCACUGAACAACAAUCUAUCUGAAUCCUGCUGCUCCAUCUAUUCCUCUCUCAAGCUGGAGAAUCCUGGGCAGAAUCAAAAUCCAACUGGGAGUAUUUCAUCAGAGGUGGAUAGCAUACCAUUCUACAGUAUUGAUUUGUACAGAUCUCAACGUCGUGGUGCUCUGCAGGCAGAAAGAAAAACCAAAGAAAUGAAUCAGAACAAUUCCCAGGGAGCCGCAGAAAGCUCCCAUUUUGCAACAAAGCAAAUCACUACAAAAGAGAAAAUAAAGAUACUUAAUGAUGAGAUUAAGAGUUUAAACAAAAUAAUGCAUCAGGCAAGCCAGGCACUCAACUGCUGUACAGACAAAGAACAUGGUAAAGGUUCACGUGAAGAAGCAGAAGCAGAGCGGCUUCUCCUUAUUGCUUCUGAGAAGCGUGUUGCACUUCUGUCUGAGCUGAAUCGACUGAAAAGAGAGGGAAAUGCUACAUCUCGAACUGAAGCAGCCCAGCCAACAAACGGUCCUGAGCCAUGUCGAGGCACUGUCUCCAUCUCUAACCUUCGCCUUCCUCUGAAAGCUGAAUUUGUGUGUUCAGCACAAUGUAAACAAGGAAAACCCAGCCAGUAUUUCUUACUGAUAAUCAAAUGUGGUCCACAUAACAUUGUUGCCACUCCAUUGGCAACAGCAGAGGAUGCUCACCAGGGUGAUACCAUUAUUUUCCCUACCAUCAUCACACUGGGUGACAUUCACUACAAGUUUGAAAUUGAUGUAGAGGUGUACAGCUUGGCUCAGACAUCAAAUGAAACUGCUACUACUGCAAAGCGUAGAUCAUCAAGAUCCAAGGUUAUGACCCCUAAAAAGCUUCUGACCUCUAUUACUAAUUGUGCUCCUCAAAAUCGAUCACCAGAAGGAAAAAGUUCAUGUUGUAUUCUUUUUCCUUUUCAGAAAACGAGCGUGCAGUCACCUGGAGCUAGUCCUACUGUCAGCCGUUCAAUUCGCGCCAGUAAGUUUGUACUGGUUGGGUCUCACACAAUUACUCUAGCAUCUCUGGGCAAAGAGAAGUUUGCAUUGGACAAAAUGAAGCUUGAUGGAAAAGUCAGGCAACUGCUUGGAGAUGAGUUUCAGAAUAAGGUUCCAUUCCUUUCUCCCCUUGAAGGUGGCAUCUAUUUGAAGUUGCAGUGCCAUUUUAACUCCUCUGUUGAGCAUUCAGGAUUCUUGACAAUAUUUCAGGAUGUGAGUGGGUUUGGUGCAUGGCAUCGUCGAUGGUUUGUGCUUUCUGGCGACGUGCUUUCCUAUUGGACUUACCCCAAUGAAGUGAAACACAAGAAACCUUUUGGCUGUAUUAACUUGGCUGACUGCACCAUGGAGAAGAUUGAACCUGCCAGUCGUGAGUUCUGUUCCAGGCCUAAAACCUUGGAGAUGAUCACAACACGACCUCAGUCGAAAGAUGAUUGUGAAAGUCUAACUGUUCAGUGUCAUAACAAUCUCUGCUUUAUUAAAUACUGGCUGUCAGCUGACACAAAGGAAGAGAGGAAUCAAUGGAUAGAGAAGCUUAACCAAGCCCUGAUCAAUCUCAGAACAUGGCAGCAGACACAACAAUCAGCACACAGUGAUAGAAUCUGAAUAUGGCUGACACUUCAACCGGUGAGCCAUUCUCAUGACAAGAAAUGGGAUCAGAGUUACUACAUUUUACAUUUAAGUGCUUUGCAAGUAGUUGACUGUAUAUCAAUCACUAUUAUUUGCUGCUAUUACUAACUGAAAUUAAUCCAAAUGUUUAUGUAAAAAAUAUAUAUUGUCUUGAACUCUUAUUUUUUACUCCAAGCAAUUUUCAAGCUUGAAUUUGUAUUGUGUAUUAUGUGCAAAUUAUGAACAAAGUCCAUGAAAUUCCAGGUUACUUUAAGUUAGCAUUCUCCCAAUGUGUAGUGCUAAGAAUGCCAAAGUAACCUUCCAGAUCAGUGCUAUUGACUCUACAUGAUUGUUGUCGGCUCUGAUUUAGCAGUUUUCCCCUUCAUUGCUACUCUUGAUAUACUUUGAGGAUGUCAAUUUUUUUAGGCCAUUACUAAAAAUGUGGAUAUAUUAUUUUUGAUAGAUCAGUCCUGGAAUUAAAACUAGGACUUGUAUAUGCCCCCUCAAAAGUGUUACCUGUUCUAGUUCAGAGUUAAUGAGUGGAUGAAGAAAUAAUUUUUUCAAAAAACUUUCAAUUAAUCACCAAGAACAUAUUUUUUAAUCUCAACAUCUUUGCAACAUUUAACUUUGCAUAUUAGUACUGUAAUCUGAAAUGUUUCUAUCCUUCUGCGAUUUCUAAAAGGUCCUAACUCUUGUAUACAUGUAAUUCAUUACAAAUAAAGCACACGU